GCAUUUGCAUGCUUUGUUUGGAACGGGUGGAAGGCAGCGGUUAAAAGCUGCCCUGACCAUGGUUCACGCGCGCACCAUGCACAGGACCAGACAGGAGCCGCGGGAGGGGGCCAGCGUACCUCGUGACGCUGCUGAAGAACUUCGACCCCCACCGCGAAGGAGGUUCGGAGCUGGGAGCGACGAAGGUGAAAAGUCGCGGGUCCUCGGCCACGACGACGCCUGAGAAGACCGAGCGCUUUCGCAGCGAAGCAGAGCCACACACUGAGGAGGUUCUCGUUUCGAACAAGGGCUCGACGUGCAGAAGUCACUUGAGGACGAGGGGAAGCUGCUGGAGAAGACCAAGAUCAACCGUUUGGAGGGAAGGCUACUAGAGAAGCAGAGUCGAGUUGAUGACUUGGAAAGGAAACUGCAGGACAUGCAGGCCCACAUUGACAGCUUGAUGGCCGUUCUGAAUGGCGGCGCUGAUCCGCAGAACCAGUUGCAGAGGGCAGUUCAACGUUUGAAGGAGAACGAGGAAGACGUGGUGCGCCUGCGCGAGGAGAACGAGAAGCUGUCGAGGCUGGCGCAGACCUGGCAGGCUUGGGUUGACCACUUGGAGGAAGAACUGCAGAGGGUGGGUGACAGUGGUGACUUGGUUCAGAUCAAGGAGGAUCUCACUGCGCGCCUCGCGACGAGGGAGUUGGCUUCUGGUCGGCCCGCGCAGAGGGAUGAGGAACGGUGGCAGUUUCAAGGCGACAGUGGCGAGUGGGUGCCAUUUCCAGAGCGUGCGAACCAGGAACUCAUGGGCAAGUUUCGACAAGGUCUUUGGCACUGCGAGGUCAGCGUCCAUGGAAAGGUGUACGCCAUCAAUUUCCGGGAGGGCUGGCAGAUUAACCAACGCACUGGAAAAACUCGGUGGAUCCGUUGUUUUUUCGAUGUGCCCAUCCAUUGGAAGCUGACCAUCGAAGAAGCCUUCCAGUUUCUCACUCCCGCAGGUGCCAACUUCGUUGCGCGAACGGUGCGGCCAGUGCGGGAUCCACUGAUCCUCUUCAGAUUACAAGGGGUGUUGAACCGAUCACGUUCUCGGCAUGAUGGUGCAUCCUGUUGGUGUAGUCACGGAAGUUCAAGCUUUCAGGUGCUGGAGGCUUUUCAGGUCAAGAACCUUCAUGUGUGGCGACGAUAUCAACGCUUUCUUCAAUCCAUCCGAGAAAAGCACCAUCAGCUUGGCAUCUCCCCAGAAGCCUGUCCAGCAGUAGGUGACGCCUUAACGGAGUUUGCUCACGAACUCCAAGUGGACCAAGCUGGGAACGAACGGCUCUUGCUGCACGGGACACGAGACUUGGAGACGGCCAUGAAAAUUGCGCUCGAAGGGUUUGACAACCGCGUUCGAGAACGACCGGGACUUUAUGGACAAGGCACCUACUUUGCGGCCCAAACCUGCAAGAGCGCGCAGUAUGCCACCAACGGUGGCACGCACUACAAAGCAUCGAGCGAGAUGAUGGGGACCAUGCUCUUUGCUCGCGUGGCCAUCGGCCAUCCUUUUUAUGCAGAAGGUCCAUGUCACGAACGCACGCGUCCCCCAGAAAAGUAUGCAGUGCGUGCUGAUUCCAUCAUUGCGAUGCCUGGCAUUCCAAAUGGCCUACCGGGUCGUGCUGGGCUGCAGGGCCAUCUGGAGGUGGUGACCUUUGACCCUGCCCAGGCUUAUCCUGAAUUCAUUGUACGAUUUAUUGAGAACUAGACACGCAGGAGUUUUCUCCGCGUUUUUUCGAGUAAUCGAGGCGCCGACCGAUCAUGCGGCGCUUCCUGAAAAACCUAGUUGUUUCUUUUUCUAGCUGCAGAACUGUACAGAGCUGCCCCUCUUUUUGGGUUGUUACUCCAUGUGCUGAUCUUCACAAGCAAGACUUUGCGGACUUUGGGCCGUUGGUUCCUAGUUGAGGCAUGCUGAGGCCAUCUUCCACAAGAGGCUGCCGGUCUGAUUCAGGGAAAAAAUCUACAGAUGUAUAAUAGUUUUGCUUGCGUGAAAA